AUGGCUAUCACCAAACUUUUCUGGUCAAUUUAUGUCCUUGAUCGAAGAUGGAGUUUUGGUACAGGCAUGCCUUUUGCUUUACAAGAUGCAGAUAUUGAUCCUAAUUUACCAGAACCUGAUGGCACCGUCCCUUAUCUACAUGUUAUGAUAGCAUACUCGAGAAUAGGUUCUAAAGUGUGGCGCUCAAUCUGCUCGUUUUCCCCAACACCUUCGAUGACGAUAAAUACCGAGGAGUUGGAUUAUCUAGAUUACCAAAUUGCUCAAUGGCAGAAAACCAUACCACCCCAUUUACAGCUUCCAACAGCCAACUCACCACCAGCCUCAUCUCGCGCAAUCCAUCGGCUUCAAAUACUUCUAUACCUACGUGCCAAUCAAAUGCGUAUCCUCAUUUAUCGUCCUGUUCUACAUUCAGCAUCUGCUAUUCAAGAACAUGUUCGACACGCAUCUACAGUUGUCGAGUUUGCAAAAGAUACAAUUCGCGCUCUCACACAUCUCAAUCAAACCACAGAUAUUUACCGCGUACAACAAGUCUGUUUCAAUUACUUUCUUAUUUCUGCAUUGGCGGUCAUUUUCCUGGCAAGCUGUCAUGCUCCAGUAACUUUCAGCUCGAUUUGUCGCGAUGAAUUUUAUAUGGCACUCGAUCUCGUCAAGGGCUUCUCCAAUAAAUCCUUUGUUGCGAAGCGUCUUUGGAAAACAAUCAAAGGUCUAAAAGAAGUAGCGCCGAAACUCGGGUUAUGCCCAGCAUCAAAUAAUCAUAUUAAUGGUACAUUAGGAGCGGACGAUGCUCACAGUACUGCCGCACUUGCAAUGGCUGGGUUGGCAGGUCAUGAAAUCACGGGCCUGGGAGCAGGAUUCGAGACAAAUGGACAUGGAAGUGGACAAGGAAUUGGUACGGGAACAGGAAGCAGUCCGAUGACGGGAAAUCAAAUGAGUUAUGAAAUGACUCAUUUAUUUGAAGCAGCGUUGGGAAUGGGAGUUGGGCAUAAUGGGUAUGGAGUUAGUAAUGGGAUGGAUGGGACACCGGGGGUUGGAGGAGAAAAUGUGGGAGGUGUUGGCCCUGCAUUUGGAGAAGGGGAUGAAUUAUUUAGGCAGUUGAGGGAUUUGUUUUAG